AUGGAUACGAAGUUCAAAUAUUAUGAAGUAUACACGAGGAACUCAAGGGGAAUGCAACUCUUUACCUGCAGAUGGGUGCCUUUGUCUUCUCCGAAGGCCAUUAUUUUCCUUUGCCAUGGUUAUGCCAUGGAAUGUAGUACAUUCAUGAGAGCAUGCGGAGAAAGGUUAGCCAAUGCUGGAUAUGCAGUGUUUGGAGUCGACUAUGAAGGACAUGGACGUUCUGGAGGUGUUCGUUGUCUCAUAACUAAGUUUGACAAUGUUGUUAAUGAUUGUGAAGACUUUUUCAAGUCAGUUUGCGAGCUCCAAGAUUACAAGGGGAAGCCUAGGUUCUUAUACGGGGAUUCAAUGGGAGGAUCAGUGUGCUUACUAUUGCAUAAAAGGGACCCUUCAUUUUGGGACGGUACUAUUCUUGUUGCACCCAUGUGUAAGAUAUCGGACAAAUUGAUGAAGCCAAUUCCCAUAGUUAUAAACAUGUUAACAAAAUUUGAAGAUAUCGUACCAAAGUGGAAAAUAGUUCCCACAAAGAAUAUCAUUGACUCUGCCUUCAAAGACCGUGGCAAAAGAGAAGCGAUAAGAAAUAACAAAUUGAUAUACCAAGACAAGCCCAGGCUAAAAACAGCAAUGGAAAUGAUGAGAACUAGCAUGAGUCUUGAAGAGAGUCUACAUGAGGUUACAAUUCCAUUUUUAGUGUUACAAGGAGAGAAAGAUACAGUGACAGACCCAGAAAUAAGCAUGGCAUUAUAUGAUCAAGCUAGUAGUGUAGACAAGACAAUCAAAUUAUAUCGUGGAAUGUGUCACGGCGUAGCAACUGGGGAGAGUGAUGAAAACAUUGCAAUUGUGUUUGCAGACAUCAUAGCUUGGUUAGACGAGCGCGCUAGCAAGGAAAAAUUUGAUUCCUUUAUAUCAAAUGAAAAUGACGAUGGCAUUAUGAAAUAGACAACAAAUGCCAAUGCCUAUAAUUGACACA